CACAGCAGCAACACACGUGGUUGACUCCGAUGUUUAUAAAAUUCAAAAUUUAAAAGGUUUUAAGGACUGCUGACUUAAUUACUAAAGAUUUAUUGAUUUUUCGAGUCUUCAUCAUUUUAUGAUCUUGGUGUCAUCUUGUCUGGUUACUGGUACCUCUUUAAUCUGAGUAAUUCGUACACAAGGAGAAGUAGCUGUAGAUGGCCUAUUAAAAUACCUCUCUAGCUAGGCAAGGCAUAGGCCUAUUUGUUGAAGCAAGUGCCUAGUAGUACUAUACCUAGCUUGCUUCUCAGUAAUAUUAAUUAAUAUGGAUUUGCCUGCUGUUGGCGACGAGAUAUUGAACCUGAAUGUUGGGGGAUGCAUCUAUACAACAAGUCGCUCUACGUUAAUGCGUUAUCCGGAUUCGAUGUUAGGAUCAAUGUUCAGCGGCCGGUUGCCAACUAUCGUAGAUGAUCGAAAUUGCUACGUCAUCGACGGAGACGGUCCAACAUUCCGGCACAUUCUCAAUUUCCUCCGUCGAUCAAAGCUUAUCCUUCCUGAUGGUUUUCAAGAGUGGGAUAUUCUAUCGGCUGAGGCAGACUACUAUCAAAUACAAGAGCUCAUUCAAAUUAUCAACGAAACGAGAAAACGCAUUCGAGAGGAUGCAUUACCACUGCCACCACUAGCUAAACCAGAUUCCUUUGAAUUCUUAGAAUUAGAAUAUUGUAAGCCUAAAGACAGUUGGCGGAUAUCUGGAAAAAUUAAUGCAAUUCGUAAAUUACCAAUGAUGGGAAAGUAUGACAAUGAGUACGAAUUCGAAUGGCUUGAGUAUCAGGACCCUGAACCAUAUGAUGAGUCUAAAUACUACAUAUUUACACCACAGUAUGUUGAACGACUGCAGUUGUUCGUUGAAAUUUCCCAACAAGGUUUCACCUUGAUCUCUUCAUCCCCAGGAAUUGAUGAUUUCACAUACAGAUGGACAUUUUCAAGAAGAGACAAGGCCUAGAGACCUAAAUAAUGCACAGUACUCCAGUAUUUGAUAGAAUGAGAAUGUAUUUUUUAUCAUCUUGGAGGCAAAAUGUGAACAUGAAGCUAGUGCGGAUAUUUUCGCAAAUCAAAUCAAUCCAUGGACAUUUCCGGAUUUUCAGACAACUGACCAAUCACACGUUAUUCAAUAGUCAGGCAUAUGCGCAUUCAUUUACCAACAAGUUUACACUAUUCCAGCUCCGUCGCCAAAUUGGACUACUGUAUGAUCCAGUUUGAUAUAUGUGAGGUCUCACCACGAAAUGAGACGCAUCGUUGGUGAAAUCAUUACGAGAUAAUCACCAAAAUAGGCCAAAGUCAAAAUUUU